CAACACGUCAAGCAGGCAAUAGCAAAGCAAGCGGAAGCAUCCAUUCCAUCCCCUCUCAAUCGCCUCCGCGGCUCCGCCUCCCCCUCCCCCAAAUUUGAAACCUCCGAGGCGGACGCGAGGCGAAGCCGUGCGUCGGUCAUCGAGACGGCCGGCUGGGCGACCGCGCCGCCGCCUCUCUCCUCUCGUUGCGUGCCGCGGGGGUUGCCCGCACUUGGGCGCGCGCUCGGGCGCGGGGUUGGAUGCAGCUCCGCCGACGUAGGUGCUCGUCGAUCGCGUCGGCCACACCGGGACGUAAUCAUGCCGAGUGAUAAAGCAAAAGCUCCAAAGAAGAAGGGCGAAGAGGAUCCUGGAAUCCCGCCAGCUCCCUGUGAAGGAGAAAUUAGCCAUGAGCCACAUAGACAACGGUCACUCAAUGGGAGGACCACUGGUCCGACCCGGCGUUCAACCAAAGGAAAUUGGACACCCGAAGAGGAUGCUAUAUUGUCCCGUGCGGUUCAGACAUACCAAGGGAAAAACUGGAAAAAGAUAGCGGAAAGUUUUCCAGACAGAACCGAUGUACAAUGUUUGCACAGGUGGCAAAAGGUUCUAAACCCUGAAUUGGUCAAAGGGCCAUGGUCCAAAGAAGAAGACGAAAUCAUAGUUCAGAUGGUAAACAAAUACGGGCCAAAGAAAUGGUCGGCCAUCGCUCAAGCUUUGCCUGGACGCAUAGGAAAGCAAUGCCGGGAGCGGUGGCACAAUCAUCUUAACCCAGCCAUAAACAAGGAGGCAUGGACGCAAGAAGAGGAGAUUACUCUUAUUCAUGCUCAUAGGAUGUAUGGAAAUAAAUGGGCCGAACUUACGAAAUUUUUACCUGGAAGGACGGACAAUGCAAUUAAAAAUCACUGGAACAGUUCAGUGAAGAAAAAGGUCGAUUCGUACAUAUCUUCUGGUUUACUUUCACAAGUCCCAUGCCUCUCUCUGAUUGAAUGUCCUGCACAAUGUGACUCUUUAUCGGCUAUGGACCAACAAAACAACGGAGGUACUGAUUGCAAUGACCAGAACACUAGCGUGGUCUUAAGCUCUGAUUUACAAGUAAAUGUGGAUGCCAACAAGAAAGAAGCACAUGACUCUCACUCGUCCUUGUGUCAAGGGGUAUGCUAUCCUUCCACAGAGACUGUAGGAUCUGUUUUGCCUGAUGACCUGGAGAUGGAUAUGGAUGAAGGAUCAGGAAACUCUAUUUUUGCAGACGAUCAAACUCUUUGUAGCACAUCAAAUCAAGAACAAUCUAUGGUGCCAUUUGUUGUUGCACAGGAAAUGCCUGUCUCUGUGCUAUCAAGUGUUUCUAGCGCUGAGCAGAAACGGCACUUAAUCUCUGAUGCCAAAAGCUUGAAAUCCGAACUUUGGAAAGAUGUUUGUUUGCAAACUCUUAUUACAGGAGAUACAGAUGACCCUGAUGCUUCUUCAAGAUUAAAUAACCCAGAUUCUUCUAAAAUGGACACCAAUUUUUUGAAAGAGGCCUACCCAUUACACACACCAAAUCCAUCCAGUGUGAUUGAAACUGUAUAUGAACCGAUGGCGUUGGUGACAAUCUCUCCCCCUUUUAUAUGUUCAGAUGGUUUGUCUUUCGCACCCGAAAAUAGAUCUAAGCCAGGAGAAAUGUCAGACUGUGAAGCAGAGAUGGUCACAUGCUCAAACAAUUUUUUUGGUAAUGCCGAGCAAUCUGCUAAACUUGCCAGCAGUGAUGACAGGCCAGAGGCUUUCACAAUGACUGAGAGCACUACAAACUGUGGGGGUGAACAAUUGACAGAUGCCAAAGAACCUGUGGCCAGUACAGCAAAAGAACGGUUAUCGAAAGACAUCGAGACUAUGCCAGAUAAAAAGAAGGGUGAGGGGGCUCUAUUCUAUGAACCUCCUCGAUUCCCUGGUUUGGAUGUCCCGUUUAUCAGUUGCGAUCUUGUAACUUCUGCUGAUCUGCAAGAAUUUAGUCCCCUUGGAAUUAGGCAGUGGAUGCGGUCGACCAUGAAUGUCCCAACUCCUUUAAGAUUAUGGGGCUCUCCAACACAUGAUGAAAGCCCAGAUGCACUAAAAACUGCUGCUGAAAGCUUCCCAUGCACAAGUUCAAUAAUGAAAAAAAGACAGAGAAGUCUAUUGUCCCCUACUCCAGAUGAAAGAAUUGAGAAGAAAUCUGGGAUUGCAAAGGGGGUGACGGACAUCUCCUAUAUGAUAACGGCCACAUGUUCCAUGAAUGCAACCAAUGAUGAAGACAUUGUUACUGAAUCAGCUGUGUGUGCUAAGCAACCUUCUUUGAAACAUCUAGACAAGAAGCUUGAGUUCUCUGACAUUAACAAGGAAAACUCUGAUGGAGCAUCUGAACAGGCCAAAGAUGCACAAAACACACAACUCGUGGAUGAGCAACAUUCCUCACCAAAUGUUGUGAAUCCUAACACUGAUCUACAAGACAAUAUACAACCUGUACAGAUUCUUGUAGAGCAAAGCAGCAAUAACCUUAUUUCCUCUGAUCAUGGUGCAAAGCCAUCCUGUAAGGAAGUGAUUAGUUCAAAAUCAAAGCCUACAAAACUACUUGUUGAAAAAUCAUCACCAUGUAUCAACGUGGAUUACGAAUAUGUGAAUUUAUUGGCUGAUACCCCAGGUAUCAAAAGAGGACUCGAAUCUCCAUCUGCAUGGAAGUCUCCUUGGUAUAUCGAUAUGCACAUGCACUUUCAGGGUUUUGUCAGCCCAGCAGACAGAACUUAUGACGCGUUAGGAUUAGUGAAUCGUUUAAGCAAGCACAGUGCUGCUGCUGCAGUGGAGGCCUGUGAGAUGCUAGCAAGUGGCAACACGACUUCUGAUAAGGAAAACAAGGAUAAUACGGAUGGCAAGGAACUAGUGACAAGAAAAUCACAGAUUAAGAUCAUGGCCGAGGCGCGAGUCCUGGAUUUCGACGAAUCUCCCGCACCUGCAAGAACAGCAGAUAAGAAACUUGGCAGCUGUCACCGGAGAUCUGUUAGCUCACCCAUUCUUCCUUCCCCCAACCUUAGAAGUUUCCGAUAGGUACACCAUAUAUGGCAUCAUCGUACAUUACCCACCUGCAUGUAUUGGUGAACUCUAUUGUUAUUAUGUCUCCUUAGAGCGCGUUGUUGAAACUAUUGGAGCGUUUCCUUUCUUUCGUUACUCUAUUGUUAUUACUAUUAUUAUGUCUCUCAGCCCGGAAACAGGCAUCAGUACCAGUGAACUGUUGAAACUACCCUAAUCAUUCAAAUUAAAUUAUUAUAUUGCCCGA